AUGGACCCAACGGAGGCGGAGCUUACCGCGAUAGCGGACCUCGCCGGCGUGCUUAACUGGGCUGGCGUGGCUGGUCCCUUGGAGACCGCACUCCGUGUCCGGGAGAUUGUCCUCAUUCCCCGGCCAUCGUGGGACACCGCCAUCACAGCCCUGAAGGUCAUCCCGUUGAGCGCCGAUGGAGCACCGCAGCCGGCCCGGGACCCGACCCUCGUGGAGCUGGCGCGGCUCGAGUCAGUUAUACGGGUGAGCUGCUUGAGGAUGGGCGUCACGCCCGAUAGCCCUGGCACCGCCGGGCCCACGGCUCCUACCCCGGCCACGGUUGCUGCAGGCCCUUCCACGCCCAGCGGAGGCCGUAAGCUUAAGCUGUCCGCCAUCCUGGACCCGACCCUGGACGCUGAUGUGGUGGUGCUGGAGCAGACAGAAACGCAGACGCUCUACUCCGAGUACAAGAAAAAGUACGGGGACUUCCCUUCACAUGAAAGUGACCCCUCGCUGGACCAGCUCUCGGCCCUCAAACAGGUUUUGCAGGCAGGGGCGGCCCCGUACACCGACUUCUCCUUGUUCGGACCCCACGGCCUACGGCUCCUUCGCAAGCAAUCCUUCACGGCCUACGUCCUCGACGUGUCCACUGGUGAAUGGACAAAGAAGGAGCAGCCUGGCCCAGGCUCCUUUCACGCCUGGUACGAGGCAUGGAAGGUCUACCGAACGGCCAUGCUCCUGCUUGAGGUCGUGGACUCCGAGCGCCUCGACAGCUACGCCGAGCACGUGCGGAGCUUCCUCACGCAGUUUGGGGACUCCGCCUGGUGGUUGAUCUACAAGGCGGAAAAUCGCCUCAGGUGCGAGCACUUGGAGCGCCUUCGUCGCCGACUCCAUGAUCAACCAGACUUCGGCUAUACGCAAGCCCGGCCUUGGAAUGCGGCGUUCGCGGCGGCGGUGAAGGACAUGGAGUUCUGGACCAGGGAACUGGUCACCCCGGCCACGCUCUGGCUUUCGGGAACCGCGGGCCCACCGCGUCCAGCAGCGCCGCCGCCGAGCCAGGAUGAAGAGCCGAACCCUCGACCCGGCAAGGCCAAGCGCAAGUACACCGGCGACGACCACAGCGAGAAGGAGGGCAACGUGUUCGUUAAGAACAGGCGCGGGGUCACCAUCUGCGGCGACUACAACCAGAACCGCUGUGGGUCGAAGAAGCACUCGAGUGCCCCAAACGCUGAGAUGUGGCCGGCGGCCACUGGGCCCAAGGAUUACCUCGCCCCGACGCCCAAGGUCAGAUCUGGUCCCGCAGCCCGGCUUGAUGACACCGCGGAGCUCAUCCGGAGGACGGCGGCUUCAAAGGCGGCCUUUUCGCCCCCGCCCCUGAAGCGAAAGAAGCCGGACGACCCGCAGCGGGGGCUCUGGUGGCGCACCUCAUCCCACCGUCGAGCGCCCCUCUACCGGCCUUUGGACAAAAGCCCUCGCGACUACGGCACCUGGUUGGAGAAGCCCGGCGAUGCCUCGUACACCGAAUGGCGCCGCAAAGGCACCGGCGAGUACAACGGCAGGCCCUGGACACUGGUCAUGUUUUCUGGAAGGCUUCGGCGAGGCGACCUCCCCAGCUGGCUGGCGGACUAUGGGUUUCUGGUGUGCGCCCUGGACAAGCGAGCCACGGACCCGACGGACCUCCUCGACGAGGCGGUCCACACGGCAAUCAUCCGCGACCUGGUCCACGGAAGGUACACAGUGUUCUGGGCGGCUCCUCCGUGCGGCUCCUUCUCGCCACUGCGCGAGGUCCGUCCCGGCCCCCCGGUGUUGCGGAGCGAGCAGCACAUCGAGGGCGGAGCAGCUCAGAACCGCCAAUCUGCUCAUCGAGCGGUGCUCGGACUCGGUCGUGGCGAUGUGGACUUCGACCAGUGCCGCUUCGGCUUGGAGACGGUGAAGCCGACCCGGUUCCUGUUCUCCUCCCACGUGGACUUUGCCAACCUACACGGGCAGCGGUGCAACCACCCACGCGGCACCCACCAGUCGGUGGCUGGAAGACAGGUCGCCGACACGGUUAUCGCAGGGCGGCCUUGGACAAAGAGGCUGAGAAUGAGCGGGCGCUUGGUGGCCGCCAGGCGUGCACUGACUCACCUUCCUAAGUCGGCCGCCGUUGGGAGUGCCAUCCGUCGGCUACUGUCUCGAGCCGUGGACCUGUGGCCCGAGCUCCUGGACCCUGCCGUGGCAAUACUUCGUGGCGAAGAGCCGGCAGACCUCAGCCCGGAAGCCGUCUCCUCGGUCCGAUCUGCAGUCCUUACGGCGCUUGGCGCAACCGAGGGGACACGCAAGAGGAAGAGGACGGCGCCGGCGGCCACACCCAUUCAGGCAUCUGUGCUCGAGGCCUGGGGGGAUGCCACCGAUGAUCCGGAUGCCAAGCUCCUGGCGCACUGGUUGGAUCAUGGCGCCCCGCUCGGUAUCGAGCAAGAGGUGCCGACCACAGGCGUCUUCCCCCCGGUGUCCCAAGAUGGCCAAAUGCCGGCCUCGCAGCUUGACAGGCGAGCCUUGGAAGGCUGGAAGAACUAUCCCUCAGCAGAGGCAGAGGAGGGCACCCUUCGCGACCUCCUCGACGACUAUGUCAACCGGGGCUUCUGUGUCUUGGUCGCCACCGAGGAGGAAGCCAAGGCUAUCUUAGGAGGGCCGCCCGUUCUGAACCGCCUGGGCGUGAUCGUGAAGGACAAGACCGACGCUCAGGGCCGGCCGGUGCGAAAGGCACGGGUCAUCUGGGACCUGACCGAGUUAACCUGGCUUGCUGCCAAGGCGAACGGAAAGCCCUACCUGGCGGGCCUCGACAUCAAGGAUGCCUUCAUGAAUGUGCGGGCGGGCUCGGACCGCAAGUUCACCGCGGCAGCAGUCCCAUGGGGCAUCGUGCUGUUCAACACGCUUGUGUUUGGGUCGGCGUCCUCACCCACAGUCUGGGGUAGAUUCGCCGCCUGGUUAGGCCGCUCGACAGCUGCGGUCGCCGGCACCGACCCUCAGUGCUAUGUCGACGACCCGGUCUUUGUCAUGUUCGGGCCCGGCCUUGGCGCAGCCGCACGUGACCUGGCCAUUACCCUCCUUUGGGUGGCCGUCACGGGCUUCCCGACGAAGCUCAACAAAGCCAACGGCGGCAAGGCCAUUGAAUGGGUCGGGGCGAAGAUCGAAUGCGACGACGAGGCAGAGACGGUCACGGUUACCAUCCCCGAGCACAAGGUCAAGCAGCUCCUCGACGACACCAACAAGUUGUUGAGCCGCCCGGUCAUAGGCGCCAGGGAGCUGCGGUCGUACUCCGGCAGCAUGUCGUUCGUUGCGGGCCUAGUGCCUCACCUUCGGCCCUUCUUGUCCACCUUCUGGUCGGCACUCUCUACGUGUGGUUUGGCUAAUGAUGGCCGCCCCGCCCGGAAAGCCAGAAACCUGAUCCACACCAAGAGGGUGGCCCCUGGCCUCAAGUGGAUACGAGCGCUGUUAGUGGGCAACGUCCUGCAACGGAUUUUCUUCGCAAAGCCCGCCCACACCGACGUCGAGAUCGUCACAGAUGCCAGCCCAUGGGGCAUCGGUGGCAUCAUGAGGGUGGGCGGCAAACCCACCGAAGUCUUCUACUCCAACCUCCCGGACGAGCUCCUCAAGAAGUUCUCGGCGGAGAGGGGUGUUUCGAAAUUCAACACCCUCUGGGAGGGAGUCGCCCUUUUGGUGGCGUUCCGCCUUUGGCUCCCUAGCCUCUCUUUUGGAGCCGUGUACAGGGCGAAAUCAGAUAACCUCGGCUUCUUGCGAGCCCUGGCGCGAGGAAGCGCAAAGUCGGCAUCUUUAAACGUGCUGGCCCGAGAGUUUUCGCUGGAUGUCGCCCUUCGGUCGUACCAGGUCCGGGGCCUUGCACACAUCCCGGGCAUCAGCAACAUUCAGGCCGAUGCUUUGUCACGCCUGUUUUCUCCCGAGCCGAAGCACUUCCCUCCAGAACUGGAGCACGUGCCGGCCAGACCGGUGGACCUCUCCGAGGCCUUUUGGAAGGAAACUUCGACGGGCCCUGCCCUCCGGGCGGCCUUCGUCACCAAGGCUCAUCUUCCGUUCGACGCCAGUCGAGAUGUAAAUACCCGCGACCGCAGGUCUCGCCCUCGCUUGGUCCGCUUGGACUUCAGGCACGUCAGGGCCAGGGCCGCCAUGGCCGUCGCAGCCGGCGGGUUCCGCUCAGACCUCGCCGCUCCGAGGCUGAUCUUCGCAAGCCAGCUGGAAGCGCUGCAACUGCACACCUCCACCGUGACACAGGCACUUCGGACCCGUGUCCGCAAGGCUUUUCGUGGUGCUGUGGAUUUUGCAGCAUCAAGCCAGUCACAGUGUCUCUUGUGCAAGGCUUUCGGGCGAUGGCGGCUUUGGGUUUGGGCCUCCACGGCCUCGGCCUGUCGACUCGAGCUCGAGGCUGUCCGACUUCAACUUCUGGCCGCCCAGCGCCGAAGCUGUGCCCUUCAACAAGCCUUGUGCAGCCAGCAGAGGUUGAGGGCCUUUGGCUGGAGGGACCUUGCGUGGAUGCACUGGCGUCUCUCUGCAUGCGCCGGGCGCGAGAAUCGGAGCCGGAACUCCGUACGUGCAGAUGAAGCGAAGAAGAUGCAGCAGCUCGAAGAGCAGUUCCGCACAAUGGUCUCUCAACUGAACGGCUCCCGGGUCAGCUUCUUCAACACGAAGACGCAUGCGCAGGACCGGCUACUGAUGAGAAGGGUGCUGCAGCACUUGAAGUUGCACACGCAGGCUGAGAGAGCCGAUCGAGAGCUUUCGGCAAACGAAGCCUGUUUGCAGGAAGAGUUCCAGGCUUUCCGCAGCCUUCGUGAGCGCGGUCUUUUCAGCCUUGACAGCUCUGCUGCUCGUGCUGAGCAGCGCGAGCAAACUGCCACAGCUCGCUGCUGCCUGGCGGCCUGGCACGGGCACUGCGAGGCGGCGGCGGCACGUGGCCUCCGAGAGGAUGCCCAGGAGCGGUGGCUUCGCGCGCAGAACUGGAUCUGCCGCCGCGUGCCAGAAUAUGCCGAUGCGCGAUCGGCGCAGCUGCUCCUUGCCUUUUGGGCCAUGAGGCUCGGAGCAUUGGUGCGGGGGCGACGUGACUUCAACAGGUUGUCCAUGGAGAGGUUGGUCGGCUGUCAGCGAGAUCUCCAUCUCUCAGCACUGGCCUGGUUGUCCUGGUGUGCUUCCACCGACAGGUGCCGAACACUGUGGAAGUUGUGGACACAAGCGGUGGACACGAAGCCGCCUGUGCCCUGCAGAGGAGAGCACUGUGAAAGUCGGCAUCCAGUGCGCAGGUCGCAAUCUGCACCCGGUGCACUCGACUCGCAGGCCUCUGCGUGCGAAGGGCGCUUUCGUCGGAAAGGUCCUCGUCUGGAACUGGGAUUCGGAGACCCGACCAACGACCUGAUUGGCAGUCAGCGCGAAAGCCACAGCGCCCCAAGCUCGCCACUGCCGCGGGGCCCUGGAGACCUGCUUCGUUCCACGGGCGCCGCCAUCCGCCAGCUGCGCGCAGGCCUUGGCCCUGUCACUACAAAGUCGCGUUCGGAAUCCAGCUCGGAGUCCGAGAGGGCGGACUCGGACUCUUCUCCAAAGGCUGGAGUGCAAGCUCACGCAAUUGAAAUCCGAAUCAUUGAGGCAGUGAGCGAUUUGCAUUCCACCAAGCAACUGGGCGUGCGGCUUGGCCAGCGCAGGCGGUCGCAGGUUCUGAAUAACGGCAUGAUGGCCCACUGCAUCGGCGACGUCGCUCCAGGCUCAGGGUCCGCAGCCAUUUGCCAGCCAAAGUUGCGUGGCAAAGCUGCCGAGCUGCCUUUAAAAACAUGCGGAGCCGGCGGUGACACAGAGGAGACCGACAUCAUCCGAGAGCUCUGUGAGGAAAUUCAGGACUUGCAGCUUGCUCCGGGCACUGAGACUGCGCGCUGGGCUCUUCUCGCUUUGUGCUUUCCUUCUGAUCAUGAGUGGAGUUUGUUUCCGCCGACAUUCACAGCCGAGCCACGCUUCAGCCGUGCGACUGAGAAACUAGGGUUACGCCAUGGAGCUUCGAGUCGCGACGAGGGCCUGGAGAGGUUGAUGCAAGCCGCAGCUGCAAGGGCGAAGGUGCAAGAGGCCACCUGCGGCCACCUGCUGUACCUGAGCACUCAGGUCCUGCAAGGCAUCGAUACCAGUGGUUUCCGCCACGAUGAUUGGGCUCAGGUGUUGCAGGAGCUGGGUGGACGACCCGAGGAGGUGGCAACUCUUUUGCCCACGAAUCCCGACCUGGACAUCCACGGCUUCCUGGACGCUGUCUUCACCAGCAGCAGCAGCAGCAGCAGCGCGAGUGCCGGGCAAGCCAAGCCAGCAGUGCAGACAGGGUCUGCAACUGAUCCCUGUGCGCUUCGCAUUCUGCAGAUCACUGAUGUCUAUGUGCUCGAGAAUUUCCCGAGCAUGAAGACUCUCAUCGCCGAGAAGGAGGCGGAGCUCAAAGCGGAGUACGGAGGAGCAGCGCGCUGUGUUUCCGUACUGACUGGUGACUUUCUGGCCCCCUACCUGCUGUCGAGCAUUGACCGCGGUUCUGGGAUGGUCCGCAUGCUGAAUGAAACUCCCAUCCAGUACGUAACCUGGGGGAACCACGAGGCCGAUCUCUCCCAUGAGGAUGUCAUGUGCCGUGUGGAGGAGUACCAAGGGGUGUGGAUCAACAGCAACAUGCAGUCUCACGAGUCUUUCGACAAGUGCCACUGCCAGCAAGAUGUAGAGGUUCUGGAGGUCCGAAGCCGCAGCGGGAAGCAUUCGCGGCGGACAGGGCUCGUGGGAGUGCUCAGCGACGAGGCCACCCUGUACAAACCAGGCGCAUUUGGUGGUGCCAAGAUCGAGGAUCCCUGGAAGACGUUGGCCUUCUACAAGGAAAAGUUGGAGAAGGAUCAGAAGUGCGACCUUGUGGUGCCGCUCUGCCAUUUAUACGAGUCCCAAGAUGAGAUCACUUGCCGCAACUUCGACUUCCCUGUCAUCCUCUCUGGCCACGACCACCAUGUGGUUGAUCGAACGAUCAGCGGCACACGGCUCCUGAAGCCGGGCUCUGAUGCUCACUUCUGCGUACAGCUCGACCUCGUUUGGGACCACCCUGGGCCCGACGCACCCUUGCGCCUCUCGGCGCAGCUGCUGGACCUCAAGGACUUCACGCCCAACGCCUCCUUGGCCGCCUCCGUCCAAGAGGUCUACUCCACGCUGGACCACCUCCGCUACACGCAGAUAGUCAAGGUGCCAGAAGCCCAUCGUCCCUUAAGUUCCGUGAAUUCGCGUGGGUCCUGUACGACAAGCGCGCGCUUUCUUUGCAGUGAGAUUCGGAAUGCCUUGAACCUGGACUGCGUGGAGGGAAGCCCCCAUUGCGACUGCGUCCUUAUCAACGGUGGCAACUUCCGUGGAGAGCGAGACUACAAAGAAACCGAGCACAUGUCUCUGGAGGACUUAAUGUCUGAGAUGGACGAGUCUGUUGAGAUUGUGGUGGCUCUUGUGCCGGGAAAGUUGAUCCAGUCCGGUCUGCGAGAAACCUGGCAGAGCAUCAGUGGGGCUUGGAUGCAGCAUGACGAUCAGCUGGAGGUGGAUGCGGACGGCCAGGUGCAGAAGGUUGCAGGCAAAGCCCUGGAACCCGAUGCCAUGUAUCGUGUUGGCACCAGCAGGCGCUUCGGCAUCCAGCUCAUCAAAGGCAUUGCGGCUUACUGGGCGGAGACCCCCAGUGCAAAGCCACAUCCGGAGUCUGGCAUCCCGGUGCACUCGCUGCUGCUGCACUACUGGGCCGAGAAAGUCUGGGUGAGGAUCUGGGCCUUUCUUGACAAAGAUCACAAUGGCCGCAUCGAUCCAGAAGAGAUCAAGGCUUUGGAUAGGACCGGAACUGGGCAACUGGACCAUGUGGACAUCAUGAAUGCCGUGAAAAACGUGGCGCAGAUGGAAACCUUCGAGGGCGAAUAUACCCUCACGGAUUUGAUAAUGAAGGUGGCUGGCCAUUGUGGCCAGGGCACCCUGACACUGGUCGAAAUCAACAGCAGACGGCGUCAUCGCCGCCAGCAGCUGCGCGGAAUCAAGAGACGCGAGGUCAGAGUGCCGUCGGAGCUGUUGCCUGAUGCACAUGUUCAGGACCAGCAGCAAGUCUAA